AAAUUUAACGAAGACAAACCUUGGAAGAAUCAUAGUGAUGCCUUUGUUGUAACAAAUCAAGAAAGAAAACGAUACGAAGGAUUAUGGGCGGCAAAUAAGGGAUUAUAUAUUGAUAUGAUGCACACCCAAAUCAAUCUGGAAGAUAAAAUUGAAUCUGAUGAUGGACUAUCUGCAGAAAAAGAUAUUGUUUCCAAUCUUUUUAAAUCUUCUCAUAUUGGUUUGCAUCUGCUUCCCAAUACUCACCCCUCCAGAUUGCUUCAUGGUCUAGUAGUGCGCAAUUUAUGGAGAAGAAGUGGACUACCUGAUUCAACAUUGAAGCAAAUAUGGGGGUUAGUCGACUUGAGAAAGGAUGGAACAUUAACCCGUGAUGAGUUUAUUGUGGGGAUGUGGCUUGUGGAUCAAUGUUUAUAUGGUAAAAAAUUGCCUAAAAAACUCAGUGAUGAGUUAUGGAAUAGUGUAACUAAAUUCGGAAUAUCCAUUAACAUACCA